AUUUCUUUCCCGAGGGUAUCUGCGGAUACCUUGUUACAUAUAUUCAACGAACAGCAGUGGACUGGCAUCGUUUUUUUACAGCCAUAAGGACCACGUUUAUGUGAAUUCUGCUUACCGGUACAAACCGCCCGGCUUUGUGUAACGAAAUUUACUCGUCUCUUCACAGAAGAACUGAUUGCAGUGACAGAAAAUACGUAAUCAUGGGCGUGGAGAUAGAAGUUAUUUCUCCUGGGGAUGGUCAGACAUAUCCGAAAAAAGGACAGACUGUAGUUGUUCACUAUACAGGUACCUUGGACAAUGGAAAAAAGUUUGACUCUAGCAGGGACCGUGGGGUGCCAUUUAAAUUCAAAAUAGGUAAAGGAGAAGUUAUUAAAGGGUGGGACCACGGAGUUGCUCUAAUGUGUGUCGGAGAGCGUGCUAGGUUAACUUGCACACCAGACUUUGCUUAUGGUAGCCGAGGACAUCCUGGAGUUAUUCCACCAAAUGCUGUUCUUAUCUUUGAUGUGGAGUUGUUGAAGGUGGAGCCUUGAAGAGUUUUUCCAGGGUAUACUGAAUUGACUACACACAUCAGAACCACUGAUAAUUAAACGCUUCAAAUUGCAUUACCUUAAGUAGUCAUUGUACGAGUGGUAUGUUUUACAUACUAACCUUAAUUCGAUUGCUCAUAAGAAUGAAAGAAAAAUUUCAGACAUUAACUUUGUGUUCCACUAUUGCACGAUUAUAUAAGCUAUAAACUACAAUUGUACACAAACACCCAAGGACCGGUUGAUACGGAAUAUGUGAAUACUUCUUGUAUUCUUUUAUGCCUUGAUAAGAUUAUCCCUUUACAUUACUCAAUGAAAUGCUAAUCUAUAGCAUUCUUAUUAUGAGUAAUUGAAUUAAAUAAAUCUUAAAACGUUUGAUAUAUAAUCUGACAUCUGUGUUCAUUCCAAUUACUUAGUACUUGGUAAACAAUCACCUGGAUAUUUUGUAUAAAAUCUUGCAAUAAUGCAAAGAAGAAUGAUUGUACUGAUAUUGUAAUAGAUGGACCUUUACAUGCAAAAAUUCAAUAAAUUGUCUUGUUUUGA